UCUACCUUUAACAUGUUUAAUAAUGUUUAAUGCCUAAACACGUUUGUAUUGGAAAUAAUCCUCGGUAAAAUACUAGAUUCUGUGUGAGCCUAAGGAAUAAAGUAUGAUUUUAUAGGUUUAUAGUACACCAAACAUUGGAGGAAUUUAGCUGAUGGGAUUGUAAUUUAUCUGGGUGAUGUGGUAGUGUUAUCGUUUUUGUACAUAGAUACUAAAUAUGGCCGACACAGCUUUUAAAUUGACCAUUGUGGUGUUGUUUUAUGCUGCUGUUUCUUGGAAUGGCGUUUUAAGUCUGCGAGUAGAUGGCAGUAUAGUGACUUCAGAGGACUGGGUCUUCUUGAGCAGAUUCUGUUACAUGAGCAAAAAUGGUCAAUUGGAUUAUUACAUCCAGUUUCCAAUGUCGUAUGAAAGACAGCACCUUUUGUUUUACUAUGAUCGACCAACUAUAUGGGAGAGCGUCUACCCAAGCUCCAGUAAGACCUGCGAGCAGAAGAAGGCUGUUUUGGACAUCUCACGGGGGCAGAUUCUUCCCCUCAACCCCCUGAAUUCGUACUCUGGCUGUAAGUACAUAACGAUCAGUGGGGUUCAGUACGUGGAGUGUCAGGACAAGCAGAAGUUUAGUUCGUCACGUGACAUGUGGUGGUACCUUGUGCUCAGUCGUUGCCCUAGCGACAGAGUGAAAAAUGAUAUUACUGGGUUGAAUAUUACCUUCCGCUUCCAUAUGACCAAUGGCGACGAUCUAUGGCACCGAGAGUUCUCUGCAGACGAGCUUUAUAUUUUGCCGACCGACAUAGCCUUUUUAAUUUUGUAUUUCUUCAUCACCCUAAUAUCAAUGGUGUUCGCAAUAAUAUUGAGGUCCAGACAAAUGUUCCACGUGACCUACAAGAUAUACCUGGCGUCUUUGAUCCUGUGGUGGUUUCAGCUGUUGCUAUGGUGUAUAGCUUAUGGAAGAUACUCUUCGUACGGGUACAAGGAAUCGGGCACUGAACGUGCAGCUCGGAUCUUUGCUGCCCUGAGCUCACUGUUAUUUAUGUUGAUGCUGCUGUUGAUGGCGGAUGGAUACACGAUUAUAAAGGGUAAAAUGUCUGCUCGGACCUCCAUUUUGUUUUCCGUCUUCUUCACCGUUUACGUCGUAGCCUACGCUGCUCUCUACAUAGUGGAGGCAAAUACCUUUGACCCCGGUACCGUUUUGUAUAUUUACGAGUACUGGCCUGGUUACGCCCUCAUCGCCCUCCGCCUCCUGGCUUGGAUCUUUUUUGUUAUCUAUCUGUUUAUGACGUUGAAGAAACAUCGGAAAAACGGAAAAUUCUACUACCCUUUAUUCAUAAUAUACACAAUAUGGUUUUGGGCAGGCCCCAUUGCUAUUAUUAUUGGCAUGUUUGCCAUUCGCCAGUGGGCAAGAGAAAAGAUUGUAAAUGGCGUCGAUCAGUUGAUCAUGAUGUUAGGUCACGUGACAUUCUUGAUACUUACCAGACCGUCUGUUGCGAAUGAAAAUUUCCCAUACACAAUUAAGACAUCACAAAUUGGUCUCAUAUCAGAGGAUGAUCUUGAGAGACCGACCAAUUACGAAAUAUCGGAAGAGGAAUUACAAACGAAAACAGGACCAAACUUAAAUGACAUUUUUACUGUAUCUCAAACUCGAAAGGAGCCAUCCGCACCGGCGGAGAGACCGUCUUCUCGAACACGCUUAUCUCGUCCAUUACGAGAAGACAGACCGUCAUCUCGAACCCUACUUACAAAUUCCUCAAAUCAAGAGAGUGAAGGUUCUCAAUCACCAGCAGAAAGUGACAACGAUUCGCUGCCGCCAUCCUAUUCAAGUGUGGCAACUGGGGAGCGUUCGAUGCCUACUUCCUUACCUCCCUUGAACCAUUUCGUCACAAGUGAUUCGACAAACGGAACACAGAGAAACGCACUCUCCAUGCUUCCGGUGGAAGACAGACUGUCGCGACCCAACGCUCUACCACCAAUAAAGCCCAGAUAAACGUAGUAGAAAAUAUUUAGCUCAUGACAUAGUGCACAAACUUAACCGGAAACGGAUGUGCUACCUUUACUUAAUGGGCAUGCUCCGUAGAGGGGUAGAAACAAGUAAAAUCUGGUGCUGAUUAAACAGUUAAACUGUGAUAUUAGGAUUUUUAGGAUGGUAAGCAUUUGUUUUAUGCCUGCUUUGAGUUCUUUAAGAAUGUUUGAUGAUAAACACCGAGAAAAAUAUUUCUGCAAUAUGCUUCAGAUAAGCAUUUAACAAACUGUAUUCUAAAUUUGAAAUGUAUUUAACAAAUGUAUUCUAUUCCAUUGAAAUGUUUUAUCGGGUUAUGACAAUUGUGUUUUUUUUUGUACCAAUACACACUAUAUUAUGCUGAGUGAAUUUUAUGACCUAUUUAUUUUUUUUACUCUCCUGCUUAUUAUGAUACAGUUGUGUAAUUAAUUACGCAAGAAAGAAUUUAUGCAAUUUUUCUUUUCUUUUUGCACGUGCCUUACCUUGUGUUCUACAAUACUUGGAUACGUAUAUUUAAUUAAUGCUUUUAAACGAUUCAGGGACUAAAUAAUAUUUUCGAUUUUUUGGCGUUGUUUUUUGAAAAGCAUUGCUACUCAAACUUUUUAUUUGGUAAUAAAUUUCUAUUCAGUAUGUGAUCGUCUCUGGUAUGUAUAGUCAGAGUAAUCUUUUGAUAAGAUUGUGGAUAGGGAAUAAUUUUAUCGAUGUGACAGAAAAUAAGUGUAAUUUUUUUUCCUAAACUAUAUUUUGAGAAAACAAAAAAAAUCUGGAACAUAAUUUUCGUAUGAAAAAAUUCUAUAAAUGCAUAUGAGAAACCAGAAUUAAAGCUAACGUUAUUGCACUGUGCUCUGCAUAUGAUUGGAUACAGGGAUUGUUUUUCGACUCUGUAUAUUGCAUGUGCCUGCUAAAAGAAAAGUACAUGUACAUGUCUGUAUUUUGUUUCAUCAAAUGAAGCUUCAGUUUGUAUGCUUUCUAUGAAUUAUUAAUUUCAGUAACUUGUUAUGCUCCAUAAUGGAAGAUUGGGGUAUAGUUUUGGUCUGUCUGUCUGUCUAUCUCUCUGUCCACAAUAAACUUAACCUUGAUCACAACUUUUCAACAAACAAUGAAGUGGUCUUUAUAUUCAAAGUUGUAUAAUUAUCUUGUGACAAACUUUUUUUGGUUUCAAACAUUUCGACCUUUUGACCUCGAGUUUGACCCACUAUGUCCUACGUUAAUAAAACUCUAACCUUGGUAAUAACUUUUCACCUAGUUAUAGACCUAGAUCUAGGCAAAAAGCAUGCUUUACACCCGUUCUUUAUUUGGGUACCACUUUUUUGACCUUUUGACCUUAAGCGAGAGUUUGUCAUAUUUUUGUUAAGUUUAACUUUCUCUCUCUUUUUUGAGAAAUUAGUGCUUGGGCUUUCAUAUUUUUUAUUUUUUGAUACCAACACUUUUUUAUUUUGACCUUGAACCUAGAGUUAAGCAUACUUUUGUAAAAGUUUUACUUUAGCUAACUUUUGAGCGUUAGUGCUAGGGAUUGCAUAUUAUACUUGUGUAUUCCUUGUGACAGACCUUUUCAUGGAACCAACUCUUUUUUUCUAAUAUGAAUUCGACCUCAGAGUUUGACCCACUUUUAAGCAUCUGUGGGGGCAUCAGUGUUUCACAGAAAAAUCUUUUUCUCUAUUGUUUUCCCCGUCCCGAUUCCGUCAGCUUUACUUAUAAACCGUCCAUGGAAUGGGAACUCCAAUUGUAUAUAUAUAUGUUACCCAAGCUUUAUUUCAGCUGUCAGUCUUGUUAUGCAUAUUUUGACAUUUUUAAAUAAAAAAAUUCCAGAAUUCUA